AUGGCAUCAAACCCCCCAAGAAGCUGCUGUGUAGUUGGUACCCUCCAUGAAGGUGUUCCAAAAGGAAAACUCAUCAAACUUGACGGGGGAAUCGAUGCCUAUCUUUCAACAGCAUCUGAUAAGAAUGUGAAUAAAGGCAUUGGUAUUCUCUUCGCCCCAGAGGCAAUGGGCAUAUAUCCCAACAGCCAGCUCCUGGCGGACAGCUUCGCCGCCAAAGGAUACACCACACUUAUCCCAGAUGUAUUCAAUGGAGAUGCAGUACCAUUGAACAAAUUUGCCACUAUUGAUUUGAUGAGUUGGCUUACCAAAGGUUCUAAUGGUAAUAACCCGCAUACUACCGAAUACGUCGACCCCAUUAUCGUCGCUGGAAUCAAAGCAUUGAGACAGCUAGGGAUACACCGAAUUGGGGGUGUCGGUUACUGCUUCGGUGCUAAGUACGUAUUGCGGCAUUCCAAAAGUGGCAUUGAUGCCGCAUUCAUUGCUCACCCAAGCUUCGUCGAAGAAGACGAGUUGGCUUCUUUUUCCGGGCCUUUGUCCAUCGCUGCAGCUGAAACAGAUUCGAUCUUCACUACCACGAUGAGACACAAAUCAGAGGAUAUACUCAUUAAAUCAGGCCAACCUUUCCAGAUAAACCUCUAUUCCGGUGUUGAACAUGGUUUUGGUAUUCGAGGCGAUCCAUCUGUGAAAUUACAGAAGUUUGCCAAGGAGCAAGCAUUUUCUCAAGCAAUCAUCUGGUUCGAUGAAUUUUUGUUGAAGACAUAA